AUGUUUAUUGGUUUCACUGAUAAAGACAAUAUGGAGCUUGGAUAUGUGCUCGGCCCCUUCCAAACCAUGCGGUCCCAGCAAAUUGAGACCAAAAUGCCUUCCACAGAGAGUCUCCUCUUGGAUGGUAACAUUGGCAUCGGCCAGUUGGUACAACCCAAUGUUGGCUACCUCAAUGUACGUCUCUUAGAUGCACACCGAAAACUUGGUAUGCAUGGCGAACAUCUCUGCAAUACUGUCAAUUCGUCACUUUCAUUUCGAGUGAGAAUGUUGGGUGAGGAGGUUCGAGGGUGGGAGUCAUUAAGCCUAAACCAAAGAAGGUACGUCUGGUUUGGAUGGUGA